AUGGCCCCGGAGCUCCCUGUCGCCACGAUCAUCCUUCUCCUUGAACAUAUCGCGAUUUCAAAGUCUUUUGGUCGUCUGAACGGAUACAAAAUCAAUCCCAACCAGGAGCUCAUUGCCAUUGGAGUAACUAACACCAUCGGUUCCUGCUUCGGCGCCUAUCCCGCGACAGGUUCAUUCUCGCGAUCUGCCUUGAAGUCCAAGUCGGGUGUCCGUACCCCCGCCGCUGGUAUCGUUACGGCUGUCGUCGUCAUCGUCGCUCUUUAUGGCUUGACUGACGCUUUCUUCUGGAUCCCGACUGCCGGUUUGUCCGCCGUUAUUAUUCACGCUGUCGCCGAUCUGGUUGCUUCGCCAUCACAGGUAUUUUCUUACUGGCGAGUCUCUCCUCUGGAGUUCUUCAUAUGGUUGGCUGCCGUGCUCGUCACCAUUUUCUCGUCGAUCGAGAAUGGUAUCUACACCUCCAUUGCCGCCUCCCUCGUCCUUCUCCUGAUCCGUGUUGCCCGUCCUCGUGGUGCCUUCCUUGGAAAGGUUCUCGUCCGAGAAGAGUCUAGCGAACAGGAGCGCGAGAUUUUCCUUCCUCUUACCAGAGCUGGCAUCACCAACCCUGAUGUGAAGAUCGUUCCUCCCUCUCCUGGUGUCAUCGUCUACAGGAUGGAGGAGAGCUACCUCUAUCCCAAUGCAUCCAUCAUGAAUUCGGUUCUCGUCGACUACGUCAAAGAGAAUAUGAGACGUGGACGGGAUAUGACCAAUGUCAAGCUCAGCGAACGUCCAUGGAAUGAUCCUGGUCCGAGCCGUGGUGGUGCUGCAGCUGAUCAAGUCAUUAAUGAAACGAAGCCUGUUUUGCACGCCGUCGUCCUUGACUUCUCCACAGUAUCUCACAUCGAUACCACAGCUAUUCAGGCGCUGAUUGACACGCGUACUGAGAUUGACAAGUGGGCUAACCAUCCAGUAGAGUUCCAUUUCGCCACCGUCCUUUCUCCGUGGAUUCGUCGUGCCCUCGUCGCCGGUGGCUUCGGUAUCGGUAUCUCUGCCUCCAAGUCACGCGAGAUCGCAGCUGUCGUACCCCACCGCGAAGAUCCCAAUGAGAUCCCCGAAUACGAAAAGGAUGACGUCGAAUCUGGCGACCUCAAGAAACGCGCGUCGUUGUCCUUAAACGAAAAGUCUGGGUAUGCGCCUCUCAUCGGUACCGAGACACCAUUCUUCCACGUAGACCUCGCUGCCGCUGUGAAGGCCGCAGAGAGUGGCAUUGGCUCUGCAUAG